AUGGACGACAGCUGCACCCCCAUACAGUUAGUAGACGUUGUUUCACCCACACUACAGGGAGAGGAAAGAACAGAUAAGGACAGAAUUAUGGAUGUUCCUUCAGAGACGGAAUCGAAGCAGUCUUAUGUGGCCGCUAAGAUAUCGACCAGAUCUCCGAGCUGCGAAUCUUCUAAGAUGCGGAGACAGAAGGACAGUCAUAUGCCAUCUGUCUAUGCACAACGGCACCGGUCAACGCCGUCCAGAAGAAAAAGAAUGGAACUCUGUGAGCCUGUUGCUUCUCCGCUGCGGAUGGUGCUGACCCAGAGUAUCUCGUCACCCGAAGACGCGGUCAAUGUGACCACAUCUAUACUGAAAAAGAAUGUGCCAGAAACAUCAGACUACGCGUCGAUCAACAUGAAGAAAGAAUCGCUUAGAAAGCUAUUAGAGGAGUUAUCUACAUCCCCACGCUCAACUGCCAGUGGAGUGCUUUCACCAGGAUAUCUUCCCGCAGAAUCCCUCAGAGUGUCGCCCAUGAAAAACGAUGCCACAGAAACCUCCAUUACUGCACAGCAAACCAUGAAAACGUCAAUUGCAUUAUCACCUCUAUACCCCCACCCAGAGGACAGCAAAGAACAAAAGUCCAAAUUAGAAGAGUAUGUUGCCAGGAUUGCAGAGCUGGAAGAAAUGCUCCAGCAGCGUGAACUAGAGAUGAAGGAACUUAUGAUGGUUGUUCUGUCCAAUGACCUUUUGAAGACAUCAUCUGACAGCGACAAAGUGGCAGCUUUAACCGAACAACUGAGGUGUAAAGAGAAUGAAUUGCGCCAGAUGAUAGAGUUUCUAGCCGAUGAACAAAAGCGAAAAGAGGACACUAGGGCCAUAGCAGUGCAAACAGAUCAACAUGCUGACCACUUGUCAGCAGAGAAAGACCAGUUACAUAUGGGAGCCUCUAAAUGGAACACUGAGAAUUUGUGUCCACGUUGUCGUGUCCGCGAACGGGUACUGGAAAAUGGCGACAACAAUGGUAAAUCAGGACCUGCUGCCAAAGCAGAUAAGAGUUCUUCUAGGGGACCUUCAAAGAAACAAGCAAGAGGAAGCCUCAAGGAUGUGCUCCCUCAGGCAAAAUCAGUCCCUGUCCGUAGAACAAAGAGUGUAGCUUCUACUCCCUCACAGAUUGCAAAGAGAUCCGACCAGUCAAGCAAGAAUAUACACAUAUUCAAGCAGUUAUUACAAUCUCCGAAGACCGAUACGCACGAAUUAUCUAGUGUCCAAGCAUUACCGCUUGCACAGUUUGCCUUGUCUCCACCAACGUCACUAACAAAUUCUUCUAUUGCACACUCACCAGCCGACUCCUAUCCACUUGGGGAACAGCUGGCUCCCAGCCAAUACUUCCUAAACACGUCUGUGAGUGUUGUUUCAGACACCACCUAUACACCAGAUUUAGGCUCAAAGGCUGACCCAUCUACAGCAGACCCCCUAUUCGAUGCAGUGUUUUCUAUUCUCACUGGUAUAGCGAAGUAA